UGAAUAGACGCGUUCGGCGUUCUUUCUUACGAUUUCAAUGUACUGGUCGAUUUCGGUUCGUAGCGUAGCGUCAUUUCGAAGCCGGUUUUCCGUGUAGUGUGAUGUAUUUUUGACAAAAAUCGUUGCGAACGUGAAAUUUUUGUUACUUAUCGUAUUUAAAACACUGUGGUAACUUUAUUCGACCUUUUUUUAACCGAUCUUUCGUUAUUAUCCAGCAGAUUUUCAUUUCAGUGGGUUAAAGCCAAAAUGAGUUACUACAACCCGAGUUUUAAUCAAUCUACAGGCAUGACACGUGGUCGAGGAUAUUCUCCCCGUGGCUCGUACAGGGGCGGUUCAGGUCGUGGAGGCUCGUGGGGCGGUGGCCGAGGGGGCUACACCCCUAGGGGAGGUGGCAGCAGAAGUUUUGAUUCAUUUUCCAGUUCGUUUGACUCUAGGUCGAAGUAUGGUAGUUCAAGUGAUAGAUACUCAGGGUCACGAGGCCAUGGAGGACAUGAUGAUUUUCGCAAAUCCUACAGAAUGGAUUCGAGUUAUUCGUCUGGACGCGAUAGCGGUCAUAGAUCUCCAGAGCGAAAGAGACCUAGAAACGAGGCCCCUAGUUCACGUCACGAUAGUUCUUAUGGUGGGUAUGGGUCGAGUACGAGUCGAUAUGAUUCAAGCUAUUCUGAACGCAGAAGCUUUUCAAGUGACCGACAUCCUGCACCGUUCUCACGAAGAGAUGAAUUUCGUAGACCGUCUGGUCCUCCAAGAGGAGGAUACAGAGGGCGUAUCAGUUCACGAGGCUCGCGGGGUCUGAAGCUUAGAGAUCGUCCACCUCGAAGACGCCUCAUUGAAAAUUCAUAUGCUGUGCGUAAACGCAUUAUACCUUCACGUGCAUCAGACUACGCCAGGAGACUUAAAAUUUCCAAAAUGAGGAGCGCUAUCGCGGCUCGUAAGAAACGAGCAAGCGACAAGGAGGACGACUCCGAUGAAGAGAAGGAAGAUAAAGAUGAAGAGGAAGAAAAGAACGAUGAAGAAAUCAAAAAGGAGAUAGCAGAAGGAGAGGAAGACGAAACGUCCGCUAAAAAGGCGAACGACAAAGACGACGCCUCUGAUAAGGAAGACAAGUCCGAAAAUAAAGACGAAUCUUCCACGCGCAAGACGUUCAUCAAGCUGAACUGCCCACAUUGUGGCAUUAAAGCUGUCACGUUUCGAAAGUACGAUCUACAUUUGCAGGGUAGGACUCACAUGAUGGCGAUGAGAAAAGUUUCUAUCAAGCAAAAGUCGAUUUUGGCACAAAUGAGAUUGGCUCAGAGAAACGCUCAAAACGAACUUGAGAAAACAAGUGACGAUCUAGCACCCAGGACUAACUUCUGUCCGUUGUGCAAACUGAAUUACAAACAACGUAAAGCGGUUCAUCAGAAUUCCGAGGCGCACAAAAAUAUGAAGAAAUUCCUUAUGCCAUAUUGUAAGCUCUGCAGUAUCACAUUCAAGAGUCCGAUGAUGUACGAGAGCCAUUGUUGUUCUAUUGAACACUUGAAGCGAAAGCAACGAGUUGAGAACGGGGAGAAUAGCGAUGAGUUUGAUGAUGAGACUAAUCUUGAAAACUUCACGACGAUCGAUUCCGUAGGAAUUGAUGGAGAUGCUUCAGAGGAAGACGACAAGAAGGACAUCAAUAAAGAACCCGUGAGCGUGGGAAUCGAACAGAUUCGAAAAGUUGAAGCAUAUUAUUGCGACCUUUGUAAGAUGUAUGUUGGACGAGGCAAUGACGAGAUGAUUCCUUCGAUCUUGGCUAGACACUGCAAGCAAAGAACUCACAUGCAGAGAUACAUUAGAUACAAGGAGGAUAAAGACUUGGAGAAACGCGCAGAAAAACUGCAGAGAAAAGAAACUGCCGAAAAAGAAGACAAAGAAAGGCAGAACAGAGAAAAUAAUGUUGAAGACUCGGAAACUAAUCAGAAGCAGACUGAAACAUCGAAAGAAGAAAAGGACGAGGAGAGUGCCAAUAAGACUUUGGACGAUGAAGAAGCGCGAGACGAUAAACUUUGGGCUGACGUAGACAAAGAUUUGGACGACAUAUUAGCCAAAGAGGGGACUAAGAGUUCGGAUGAAGACGAGGACGUGAAUGGGGAACGCUACGAUCGAUUUAAGUAUAGCGAGAAGAACGGAGACGAGAAAACUGUCAAGAAAGAAGGAGAGGAUGCAGAAGUCGGUUCCGCUGAAAAAAAAGAUACAGUUCCGGGAGAAAAGUAGACAACGGCUUCGCAUUGUAUUUCUUUUUAUAAAUAUAUAUAACUAUUUUUAAUUUCAGUUGUAUUAUAGAAUUCAGUUUAUGUUAAUGUGAGUGUAGGCGUAGUGUAGUUCUUAACUUUGAUAUUUGUAACAUUUCAAGUAUGUUCUUUUCAGUCAACAUGUGUUAGUUUGAUAUACUUGAAUACAUAAGAAGGGUUAAUUGCACCGUACCCAAUUUGCAAAGCUUGUAUUCAGAGACUUGAAUUCUCAAUAAACAAUAAAUAUGAUGAAAACGGA